AUGAAAUCGGAAGGCAAGAGUUGCGAAUACAGCAAAGUUGCUACUGUCCGAUUGAAAAUAGACGGCCCCACCUUACUGUCCCAUGGCACUACGGUGGACCCCACUGCCUCCUCACUCAUAUUUAUAUACUUGGAAUCUCUCCCCCUCUCUCUCUCUCUAUAG